CGCCCAUCCUGAUGCUCGCGCAGGGCCGUCAACCGCCGCUGCCAGCGCGCCACAUUCAACCGUCGCCGCUCCGGCCGGAUGUGGGGCGAGCGAUCCGAGCCACAGAGAUUGGGACAAAAUAUAUUUGCACAGGAUCAUGAUUGCAGAAUGACCAGUGACUGCAGUAAAACAUCUAUUCUCCAAGAUGUAGUGGCAUUUGUGAACGUGUGGUCUUCAAACAGGACUGAAAACUAUUCAAAAUCGUUUGAAGAAGACUUGGUUGACAUGGGUGCCAGGGUUUUAAAGUUCUUCAAUAAACAUGUGACCCAUGUGGUAUUCAAGGAUGGACAUGAAAGCGUGUGGAAGAAGGCCCAGAAAACUGGUGUGAAAUUAGUGUCCGUACUUUGGGUGGAAAGGUGUUUGACGACGCACACCCAUGUUGACGAAUCCUUAUUUCCUGCAAUCAAUGAAAGUAAACAUUCACCUAAAAGUAAGAGGACACAUAGAUGCAUGAAACCCAAGGACUUCAUAGAAAAGACGCCAACAAAUAACAAAAGGCUGAAGAAAAAAUUAGAUCAAAUGAUUCGGGAGCUAGAUUUGAAAAGAACUGUUGGAGCUGAUCUGAAUUUGCUCUCACUUGAAGAAGAAGCUGUAGGUCUUUAUAGCAGCAAUGUUGAAUUGGUUCCUUUCAAUCAUUUCUGUGGAAUGGAAAAGAGAUUGAAAGAAAUGAAAGAAAAAAGGGAAAACCCUUCCCCUACCGCUUCUCAAAUGUCUCAGUUGACAUCAGCUUCUGCCCUCUCUCCUUGCCAACCGGACCUUGGAGAAUCUCCAUCAUCAUUUGCAAAGGCAUUGUUUGCAGAUGAAUACGAAAUUGAUUCUGGAGGUGCAUCUUCCGGAGGUGCAUCAAUAAAUAAAACCUUGAGCAAAUAUGCUCACGAAAGCAAGGACCCACUUUCAGCAGAAGCUCAUGAAGGGCAAACAGGUCACCAUUCCAGCCAAGAGUUUUUUACACGCGGAAUGCAUUUGGUGAAAUCAUCACAGGUUGAAAACGGCAAAACUUUACCGCGACGAAAUAAAAUGAAAUCUCCGUUUCCGAAGAGGCAGAGUGCCAAAGCUGUACUCCAUUGUGUUGAAGAGUCAGUCGGCUCAUGGAGUAAGAAAGCGAUCCAAAGUUAUUCUGAGGGAAGUGUGGAAGCUUUGAACAGUGCAGCAGCAGACCUAAGACUUUGUAAUGCGCAAAGCAACAAGAUCGUACAGUUACCUCUCCCAGUGAAGUCAGCAGCCUCCGAAAAGGAUCACAAUCUCACGCAAACCGAUUUUUCAUCUAAUGAAUGUUACAAAAAUUAUGUUUCACCUCUGAUAUCAAAUAUUUCUACAAGAACUAAGAAUCAAUUGAGCUUAAAGAAAAAUAAAAAGUUAUGGCAGGACGAUUUUAUGUGUUUUAAAUCACCGAGAAAUAAUCCAUUGGAAGCGUGCGACUGCUCUGACAAAAAUGACGCGUGCCCCAUCAAAGAGGACCUGCUGGCGUACGAGGACUUCUUUUCUCCAGUUAACCUGAAUUGCAAAAAUAAUCCAAGAUGUACAUUGGGCAUGCUUCCACCGAAAUCGCCGAGUCUUCCCGAUAUUUUUGGGAGUGGUAAGCAGAAGAGAAAAUUGCAAGAAAUGAAUCCACAAACUUCUGCAGAUAGAACUAAAAAGACAAGAAGUGCGACAAAUGUCAGUGUUGAAGAGCAAUCUGAUGCUCGUUUUUAUGGCCAACAUGUGAAUGCAGCUGCACUGACUGGUGAAAAUGUUGCUCUUCAGCCAGAUGCCGCUAAAGCUCAAAAGAAAAGGAAAUCUCACGUAAAAAACCCAUUUCAAUAUUUUUUUGACGAAUCGGGGGCACUGACAAACGACGUGCCUGAGAGAAAAGAGCCAGGCCAACAUCAUGAGAUGAAAAGGCUGGAUUUGCUUCUGAAACACAACAGUGACUUAAAACCACCAACAUUACGCCAUGAAACCCAAGCCUUUUCUGUGAUUUCCUUGCGACCCUGCGAUGAGACGAAAGCGAACGAGAAAGACGUGCAGUGCCUUCAAGAGGACAAUUUGGCCAAGGACAUCUUAAAAUUGCAAAGCAUUGACAGUGAUUUGGAUGGCAACCCUCAUAGUGGACCCAACCAAAGCAGUCCCUCAAGAUUGAGGAUGAAUUGUUUCCAUGAAGAGAAAAACAAAUUAAUUGAAGGAGCAAAUACAACCAAAAAUUGCAUAAGGAAGAAUGUGAAGCCAACAAGAACUCUUGUCAUGACAAGCAUGCCUUCUGAGAAUCAGAGCAUUAUAAUUCAAAUAGUGAAACGGUUUGGUGGCUUUCAGUUCUCGGACAACGUAUGUGAAACAACAACCCAUGUCGUAGCAGGGCAUACCCGACGCACAUUGAAUGUCUUGUUUGGAAUCGCCAGAGGCUGCUGGAUUUUGUCCUUCAACUGGAUUCUUUGGUCUUUGGAGCAAGGAUGUUGGGCUCCUGAAGAAUCAUUUGAACUAUCAACUCAGUUUCCUGCAGCUACUAUCUGCAGAUUUGAGAGGCAGUCAACAAAAGAACCCUACCUGCAGGAUUUAUUUGUGAAUCAGCCAUUGAUCUUCAUUUCACCUCAAAGCAAGCCACCUGCUCCGGCACUAGAGAAGCUUGUGCUGUUAUGUGGGGGACAGGUGUGCAAGACGCUCCGGAGAACUGGAAUUUGUAUCGGACAGUACAAGGGAAGGAGGCCUGCGGGGAACCAACACUUGUCUGAAAACUGGAUCCUGGAUAGCAUUACUAAACAUGAAGUCUGCUCCCCUGACAACUACACUCUGGAAUAGAUGAAAGCUACAUCUGAAGAUGUCUCUACCUUCCCUUGCAGGGUAUAUUUGCUUUUGUACAAAAGCUGGUUUGUAAGUAAAUUGUAUCUCUGAAAAAUGAUGACUUCCAGGUUUUAUAAAAUUAAUCAAUUUUUUAAUAAAUUUGUUAAAAGUUU